AAAUAUAUUCAUUCUUCAAUUGCAAACAGAGCUAACACAAAAAAUGGCUCUAACAACUCGUUUUUCAAUUUCUUUGAUGAAUAAAAAAGACACAAGAGUCCUAAAAUCUCUAGAUGAUAUUUCUACCAAAGUUUAUUUACCAAAAAUGAAACCAUUGUUCCAUAUAAAAGCAAAGAGUUCAAUGCAAGAAUCACAUUUCACAAAGGAGAACAACAAAAACAAUCAAGUAGUAAAUAAAAACAAGAAAUCAGACAACAUUACAGCGCCAUCGGUGACUCAUAAUCAUGACGAUGAUUCGAAUAGAGUGCCUGUUUUUGUUAUGUUGCCAUUAGACACAGUGUCAAUGGGAGGAAAUUUGAAUAAGCAAAAAGCAAUGAAUGUUAGUUUGAUGGCUUUGAAGAGUGCUGGAGUUGAAGGUGUUAUGGUGGAUGCUUGGUGGGGUUUGGUUGAAAAAGAUGGUCCUAUGAAGUAUAAUUGGGAAGGUUAUUUUGAGCUUGUGCAAAUGGUACAAAAGCAUGGCUUAAAGCUUCAAAUUGUUAUGUCUUUUCAUCAAUGUGGAGGAAAUGUUGGAGACUCUUGCAGCAUUCCUCUACCUCCUUGGGUGUUGGAAGAAGUGAGCAAGAAUCCUGAUCUUGUUUACACAGACAAAUUAGGGAGAAGGAAUCCUGAAUACAUAUCAUUGGGUUGUGAUUCAGUUCCUAUUUUAGGAGGAAGGACCCCACUUCAGGUUUACUCUGAUUACAUGAGAAGUUUCCGUGAUAGAUUCAAAGAUUAUUUGGGCACUGUUAUCAUUGAAGUUCAAGUGGGAUUAGGUCCUUGUGGAGAGCUGAGAUAUCCAUCUUAUCCUGAAAGUGAUGGAACUUGGAGGUUUCCAGGAAUUGGAGAAUUCCAAUGCUACGACAAGUAUAUGAUAGCAUCCUUGGAAGCAUCAGCUGAUGCAAUUGGGAAAAGAGAUUGGGGAAGAAGUGGGCCCCAUGAUUCAGGUCAAUACAAUCAAUAUCCAGAGGACACUGGAUUUUUCAAAAGAGAAGGAACAUGGAACACAGAAUAUGGAAACUUUUUCCUUGAUUGGUACUCAACAAAACUUGUAGAACAUGGUGAAAAAAUCCUAGUAUCAGCAAAAAACAUAUUCCAAACAAGUGAAGUAAAACUCUCAGCCAAAAUAGCUGGAAUUCAUUGGCAUUACAACGCAAGAUCACAUGCAACUGAAUUAACAGCAGGGUAUUAUAACACAAGGUAUCAUGAUGGUUAUUUACCAAUAGCAAAAAUGUUAGCAAAACAUGGUGUUGUGUUGAAUUUCACUUGCAUGGAAAUGAAGGAUAAUGAACAACCUCAUCAUGCUAAUUGUUCACCAGAAGGGUUGGUUAAUCAAGUUAAGAAUGCAACAAAGAUUGCUGGUGGAGAAUUAGCUGGUGAGAAUGCAUUGGAGAGAUAUGAUUCAAGUGCUUAUGAUCAAGUUUUGAAAACAAGUGGUUUAAGUGCUUUUACUUAUUUAAGAAUGAAUAGGAGAUUGUUUGAGGGUGAUAAUUGGAGAAACUUUGUUGAGUUUGUUAAGAAUAUGUCUGAUGAUUGUUUGAGACAGAGGCUUUCAGAAUCUGAUUCUUAUGGGACUGAUCUUUAUGUUGGACAUAUUAAAGGGAUUAAGAAGGAGGAUCAAGCUCAAGAAAUUGUUCUUGUGUGAACAAAACAAUUAAUGAACACAUUGAUAUUGUAUCAUUGUUGGUGGGUCAUGUACUCAUGUGCAUAGUUAAAAGCAUAUAUUAAAUUUUAGAGAGAAAAAAAAAGUAGUAGUGUGUGAAAAGGAGAAAAACAGAAAAGAAAAUUAUGUAUUAUUGGUGUAUUAUAGGAAAUAAAAUUGGCAUAUUUUCAAGCCAAUAUCUAAGAUCACCAAUAUUUUAGUUCAUGUUAUGUAAAACAUCAAUAUGUACUCCUAUUUAAUUUUGGAAACUAAUGUUUUCCAUACUUUUUUAUCA